CAAGAAAACAAACCAUAUUAAGAUAAAUGUAGUUAAAUUAUUGGAGAAAUUGAGGUUUUCACUAAUUUACAAAUUGUUAUAGCUAAAAUAUGAUGUAAUAUAAGGAAAAAUCUAAGUAAUUUGACUAAGAUUACAUGUAACUUGGGCAAGAACGGGUCGAGAAUGAGGCAGGUCGGAUCGAUGAGGGUACCCAUGCCCCCCCCCCCCCCUCCCGCAACAAGCCAAACAUAUCGAGUAAAACGAGUCAAGUCAAAAUUGUCAUCUCUAACUACAGAUAAUCUAAUUGAAAUCAUAUCAACAAAAUUAGAUAUCAACAAAAUUAGAGUGAGAUACAAGAAGAGAAUUGGACAAUAUGGGUUGGUCAAUAAGUCAUCAGUUGAGUUGGGUUGGGUUGGGUUUCUGAGCUAGAACUUACGACCUGGCUGUAACACACCAAACCCAAGCCGACGCCCAAACUCAAGCCCAAUUAGCAAUAGACCUUACUCCAGCAUUGUUACCCAGCAAAACCUGGGCCAUAACCCACAAAUUGGCCCAUAAAUGCCAUCGCUUACCUUACAACGGUCAGGAUUAGAGCGGAAAUGGAUAAGGAAGACCAAAAACGCCCGCCAAUGUGGCAAUGUCUCUUCCGCAAAACAACUACCCAUCUCCUUCCCCUUCUUCUUCUUCUCCUCCCUUCUCCAACUCCAAUCCCCAAAAAUGGCGUCCUCCUUAAACCCGCCACUCCCUCCAACCCUCCCACCGCCAUCCUCCAAUCAAAACCCCACACCGCCGCCGCCGCUCCUCCUCCUACCCAGAAGACAACUCCUCAACCGAAUCGGACUCCUCACAUCCGCUCCCUUCCUCUCCUCCACCGCCAUCGCCAAACCCGCCUCCGCCAAAGAAAUCGAAGUCGGCUCCUACUUGCCUCCUUCCCCAACCGACCCUUCCUUCGUCCUCUUCAAGGCCUCCCAAAAAGACACCCCCGCCCUCCGCGCGGGCAACGUGCAGCCGUACCAGUUCGUGCUCCCGCCCUCGUGGAAGCAGACCCGCGUCGCCAACAUUCUCUCGGGGAACUACUGCCAGCCCAAAUGCGCCGAGCCGUGGGUCGAGGUGAAGUUCGAGGACGAGAGGCAGGGCAGAGUUCAGGUGGUGGCUUCUCCUCUGAUUCGAUUGACCAACAAGUUGACCGCUACCAUCGAAGAGAUUGGGUCCCCUGAAGACUUGAUUGCUUCGCUGGGGCCGUUCGUGACGGGGAAUUCGUACGAUCCGGAGGAGCUGCUCCUUGCGUCCGUCGAGAAGAACGGCGACCAGACGUACUACAAGUAUGAGCUGGAGACGCCGUACGCGUUGACGGGAGCGCACAAUCUGGCGAAGGCGACGGCGAAAGGGAGCACGGUGGUGUUGUUCGUGGUCAGUGCGAGCGAGAAACAGUGGCAGAACUCACGGAAGACUCUCCAAGCCAUUGUUGAUUCCUUCCAUCUUUAGCUUUUUCAUACAGGUACAGCUAUGAGUGGUACGUAUUGGGAAGAGAAGUGGAUUGAAUGAAGGAAAGAAUAGGGGAUAUUUGUUGCGAGUGAGAUUGGGAGCUUAGUUGUGGGUCUUUCGGCGAACCAAUUUUUUUGUGGGUUCUUUCACUGCCUGUGAAUUAGCAUCGGAGAAAUUGUUAAUGGAAGCAAAUAUUGUGAUCAAACUCAAGCAAAACAGGACAUAGAAGCAUAAUUAUUAGUGCAUAAUAAAGUGAAUGAUAGUGAAAAUAAGUAGAAGUGGCUUUAGUGUUGAAUGAUUGAAAUUUGCAUGUUCAUGUUUGAUCGGCAGCAUUUAGCAUGCUAGCGCUGAUUGGCAAUGAAUAAGUCAACCUUCUCAGGAGCGGUUCGACGUUCGAUAACAUCGUGAUAUGAAGGUGUUCGAUUGGGAAAAACUAGUUCUUUUUUACAGGGUUGACAAUUCAUGAGUUUUUUAGAUUAUAUAUCACACCACAUAUGAUUGUUAAGAUUUUGAGUUGUGCGAGCAAACUUGUUCAACACUUGAUUCGUUUACUAACAAGCCAAGGUUGACUUGUGCCUAGUUCAGUUCGAUGGCUUGUUGAGCUCAUACUCGUACCAGCUCAUUUUGAGUUCAUGAGCUGGCUCAUAGUGUGGUAGUAGCGAACGAGCUCGACUAUCGUCUUAUGAGCAAGUCGAUCUACAACUUAUGAGUUGUCUUGUUGAUAAUUCAUAAGUUUCUUAAAUUAUAUAUCUCACUACAUGUGAUUGUUAAGAUUUUGAAUAUGCAAGCAAAUACGAGCGAGUCCAACAAAAAGUUUUAGUAUACCAGCUCAAUUCAAGCUAGAGUCGUUUAAUAUAGGCUGUUCAGUGUUGCUCAUCGCAGCAAGCAAGGCCAAUAUAGCAGUGCUAAGCCCACCCUAAUAAAACCGUCGCCGGCAAUGCAUCGGUGAACGGACGGCAACGAGUCGUCUGUCCACUCCAAAGCAAUCAAACACGCGAGAAUAACGACACCAAACAACUCGCCGCUCUGCCGUAGCCACUAGCCAGCCGUCCGUCGCAUUAGUUUAAUCGACAAAACAUCAAGUAGCCUAGCACAAACAAAUAUAGAAAGUCCAAGUACACUAUAUAAAAGUACCAAUGAUUCUAGACACAAUGAAAAGAUCAAUAAGAAUCAACCAUAAUCCAGUCAAAGAAAAGAAAACUAGUGGGAGGACAACUGGAGGAAGGGGAAAAAAAAGGAAAUAUAAAGGUUUAUGUUAAUUUUAGUCAUUCUAUUAUGUCGUUCGGACAAAUUACAUCACUUUGUUAAUGGUUUCGAAUGAAUAAGUAGCCUCUUUAUUAUGUUAAUUAUCCAUUUUUAGUCUCUUUGUUACCGUUGGUGUAUAGAUUCAUUGGUAAUUAGAUUCGUUAAUGCUUGUUGAGCGUGAUGAUUUGAUCCUCGUUUGGGUUGUUGAUUAUAGUUUCGCUUCUCAACUUGAUUUCAAAAUCCUGCAUGUUCUCAAACUUAACUAUAAAUUAAUCACAGUUGGGUUUAGGAGGUUGGUUAGUGGGGGCAUGAUUGAUGAGCAAAAGGUUGAUUGUUAGUAGUACACAGAGGAUGCGGUUUCUAUUGUACGAUGAACUCGUUACUUAUUAGCAACAAAUUAGGAUGAAUACUGAAUCAAGAGGUUUAAAAGAACAAAUUGUGUAAUAUAAUAUAAGAAUUUCUUGGGUGGGGAAGAGGAAGAGAACGUGUGACUUUUAGUCACUAUAUUAAAAUUAUGUCAUUUUAAUAAAGGCGACAUAAAAUUAUGAUCUUUAACAAAUAAGCCGGUGCAUUGUGUUGCUUUUAUGCUUUUAGUCCAUUAGCCAAAAUCCAUGACAAAAUCCAAUAUUUAUUGGACUGACUCAUUCUUAACAAUCACCUCGUAUAUUAAUCAAAUGUCAUAUAUGGU